AAAGAUAAUUUCAUUUUACGAUACCUCUAUGGUUUUCCGUAUCGUAAUAAAGGUUAUGUUGAAAUAAACAAAUAGAAAAGGAGGAUAUAAAUGAUAUUUAGAUGAUUUUCCUACGAAAUUCAAUAAUAGUAGUAAUACUAUGCAUUUAUCAUUUAUAUGCAGAUAACAUACUUUCUAACGAGGCUCUAACGCCUGAAACUCUUCCAAAGUUACCCAAAGAAAUAGGAGAUGCUGUUCCAGAUAUCAGUGAAAGGGAAAUUUCACCGAAUACCACUAUAAACUUAAAUAAUGACUCAAUAAAUUCAAAUAACGCAUCUGCGAAAAAUGUUACAAUUAAAUUUGUGAAUUGUCUCCCAAAUUUGGGUUCUGAGCAGGUUGAAUUAGUAAAUGAUACCCAUUUAAUACAAAUUUUGACGCCUGAUCCUAAUAUUACUGCUAAAGAUACGCCAGCCAAGUGCGUUAUGGUUAUGUUUUACUCUAAUAUUGGAACCUUUUCUAGUAUGGCCGCACCCCAUUUCAACGCCUUACCUAGGGCUUUUCCUGACAUAAAAAUGGCAGCAAUCAAUACAGUUAUGUUCCAUUUAUUCAAUACUCAAAAUGGGAUAGUAGGUAUACCAUCCCUGAUUCUGUUUCAUAAUGGUAAAGCUGUAGCUAAAUUCAGCGACCCUGAAUACACUUUAGAGCUGUUUUCCAAAUUUAUUCGAAGACAUACUGCUAUCGAACCAAAGGAAAAGUCAAUAGUCACAUCUGCAGAUUUUGCUGGGCCAGUUAUAAGUUCACCAUCAAAACAUACAGAUGUUUUCUUAGUUAUGUCAUGGGUAUUUGUGAUAUUUUGUGCUAUUUAUUACUUUAUGAAAUCAUCUUGGUGGAUUUGGAUUCUAGAGACUGUGCAAAACAAUUGGAGGGAGGCAGAAGACCAAGCUGAACAUUUACAUGAUGAUUAAAAUAUUAUUUAUAAAUAAAAUCAUUUUAUAUAA